UUCCUCCUCCCAGGUUCUUAUUGCCUUGCUGUCUUUCGGAGGAGGCGGGUCUCUCUUGAUCCUUUGCUGUACCUGAGCGGGCGGGCGAAGAAGAAGAAGAGAUGAGCGGAAAUUGUGCGCGGGCGGGCGCGCUCAAAUCCGAACUUUGAUAAAGAGGAAAGGCGGGAAAACGAAGAACGGAGAAAGGAGUGAAAAAAGGCGGGAAAGGUGGUUUCCCUGCUAAAGGGCCCAUGGCAUCUGCUUCAAGAACCAUUGCUACCAAACUGCUGCAACAAGAUCAUGGCAGCCGCCUGCCCCCCUGUUCGCUCACUGAUGACGAUCUGGCUGCCCAUCCUAGCUUGGCUAAUCUUCUUAUAGGUCUGACUAAACAUAUGGACUCCAGUGGGCUGAGUGUCAACUUGGCGCAGCAAAUGGAAGAGGCAAAGAAAGAACUGCAGCUACAAAGAGCAAACUGGCUGAAAUGGGAGGCGCUGCAGCGGCUUCUGAGGGAGGCAAUAAGAGAAUUGGGAACCGGCCCUCUCACGCAGGACAGAAAAUUCCUGGAAGUCUUGGAACAGCAGCUUUUAAUAGCUGAAUUGAAACGAAUGCUUGAUGUUGAUCCUUCUCUGCAAGGAACACAACCAUCUCUCUUAGGUCUGGAGGCCUCUCAUGUACUGGAACUUCUUCCCCCAAAACAAGAGCUGGAGCAAAUGCAAAAGCAGCUCCCCAUGGAGCUGGAAAAACGUCUUAAGUCCAAAUGCUUGGCUCUGCUCAGCUACUACCGUCCUGAAAGUGAUAGUGCUGGGGAGACGGCUCGAGCUGCUAUGUUUGGGACCCUCCCAGAAAGUCUGGUUGUAGAGAAGCAGCGUCUUCAGGAGACCCAGGAUCGACACAAAGAACUCGUGGGGUUGCUGGAGCAGCAGAAAGCUGCAUAUCCACAGGUGCUGUUACGUUGUUUAGCCAUGCUGAAACGUCUGGCUCGUGAGUAUCGUCUUGGCACCCAGUCUGAACUGGACCAACUCAACACUCAGUACCUAGAAUUGAAGUGCAGUGCCAUGUUUCUUAAGAUACGGCUUGAGGAACUGAGCAUCCUUUUAGAGACAUACACUCCUGAGAAAGUGGAUGUACACCGAAAGAUGAGGGACAACUUGCAGGCAACUCUAAGCCAAGAAGAGCAAAACCUUGCCACUUCUCGCAAGAUCCUUUCCAACUAUGAGACGCUGGGCCCAGACUUUGAGGAACUGGUGAAAGAGUAUGCCCGACUGCAAGCCAUCAUUGAGAACAGGCGAUGGGCGCUGACUGAAUUCAACAAAGACUGAGGUUGCUAUGGUGUUAAGUUGUGCCUUGGGUCAAAUUCUGAACAGUUCAGGACUGGCCAGUUUAUGUAUAAUGGUCACUUUAUACAAUAAAACUUGAAGAUGAGUGAU